AUGCAGCUCAAGAAACUCUACCGGGCCAUUACUGCGCUCGAGCAGAAAUUUCUCGGUGAGCAGCGCGAUAAGGACGCAGAUGACGAGGGCGAUCGGAAUCCGCAAACGGUCGGUAUCCUUGUCAAGGGACGCCCUGGCCCGGCGGGGGGUUUGGCAGGGGGUGUAGAGGUGAGAGGAGGCGAAGACGAAACGGAGAAGUGGAAACGUCUCUUGGUCGAUCAUAAGGAGCUCGCGGAGAAAGUGCAAAACCUUCUUACGCUCACGCUAGCACCCACUGUCCCGGCGUCGUUGCGCAACAUCCCUACCAAGUACAACCUCAUCGCACGGCUAUGGGCGCACGCCUUCCAUCGCCUUCUCGAGUCCUUCCGGCAAGCCGCCUCGCCACCAAAUAACUCCCUCGCUGCUCUGGAAUAUCUGCAGGACUUCAUAUACUACGCAUACACUUUCUAUUGUGCUCUUCUCGAGGAGCACAAUCUGUCCGACUUCCGAAGUGGAUGGGUCGAGGCCCUCGGCGACCUCUCGCGCUACCAGAUGGCGUACUGCGCGCUCGUCGAGAAGCAGCAGACCGCCGCCUCAGCCACACUCUCCUCCGCUCCUGGGCCCUCGCCGAUGGCUCUCCUCACCAACCCUACGGGCGCCGACUCCCAGAUCAACACGCCACGCCCGUCGUCGCCAGACGGCGGAGGGAACUCCGAUCGUGCAGAGUUACGCGCACCGGCGGCGCCCGAGGCGCAUGCGCGCAUCGACGACUCGCCGCCUCCGUCGCCCGGACCUGCGGCGAGGCAGCUCCUCGAUGUCCCCAGCGUCGGACUUGCCGCCGGGCGUGCGAUGGAGCUCGUGCCGGAAAAGGAGCACUGGAGGCAGGUCGCGCGUGACUGGUAUGCGAAGGGCCUGGCGGGGACGCCUGGUGCUGGGAAGCUUCACCACCACAUCGGGCUGCUCUGCAGGGAGAGGGACGGGAGCAGCGAAGAAUUGCGAGGAAUGUAUCAUUUCGUCAAGAGCAUGAUCACUGUGCACCCGUACAGCACCUCCCGCGAGGCGAUCCUCCAGGUCUGGUCACCAGCCGCCCAGACGCGCCGUCAAGGACCCGACGCCGAUGUCGCCGACCUGUACACCCUCCUCCACGGGAUGCUCUUCACCCACAUCCAGAUGGACGACUUCCGUGGUGUACAAGACCGCUUCGACGAGAAGCUAAAUAUCGAAGGCGGUGCAGUUGUCGAAGAGCGCGACUGGAUUAUGAUGGCCGUCGUCAACCUUGGCGCCGUCCUCGAGAGCUCCGAUUGUGUGCAGCUGCGCGCACCCGAGGCGCACGCGCGCCUCGACGACUCGCCGGCGACUCGAUCAUGA